AUGUCUGAUCAGCAAAGGCACUACGGCAGCUACGAGCUCCUCCCCGCUCAGCCAGAUGUGCAGUGCCUGGUCUGCACACAGCCUUUCACUCUGGAUGCCGAGGUCACCGACAGCUUCGAAGCUUUAGCCAUAUGCAGGGAGUGCAAGAUGACUGUGCUCAGUGACAGCAACAGGGACGAGACUCCCAGAACUAACCGACAGAGAAGAUGGCAAAGGCAAAGGUCCAGCAGGGUGACAGGGCACGAGCCGCCCACGGAGGAGGACGCGUUCCCGCAGCAGUUCUCCCAGCUGAUUAACUUGGCCAGACAGGGUCAUGAGGCGGAUGCUGAUUCUCCGAUGGUUCCGCCACGCCAGCACGCGUCUUAUAGUUCUACGCCGAGCCGGUCCCAGAGAUGGCACACUUCGGAUGAUGAGAGUGAUGGUCUGAGCUAUGCUGAUUCUGUGUUUGGUGAGAUCGAGUUUGAGUCGAACAUCAGUUUUGGUGAUGAGGGUGGGGAGUCGGAUGCUUCUGUUGGUCGCCACGCCACGAUUGGGAGGGAAAUUGUCAUUCAGCUUGAGAAUGAGAGCUACAUGAACACGGAUACAGAUAUUGAUCCUAUGAAUGCUGGAAUAUACCAGUGGGACUCGGAUGAUCCUGAAGAUGAUGAUGAGGAUGAGCAGUCGGAAGAGUCUGAUUUGGAUGAAGCAGGUGACACCAUGCAGGAGCGCCGGCAGCAAUGGCAUGAUAUCGCCCCAAGUGGAUUGAAUGAGCAGGAAUCUGAAGGUGCUGCGUGGACUUGGAGAACAGCUGGAAGCCAAGGAGUAAGCAGGACUGAUCUGAGAGCCGACAUGGAAGGGCGAGAAAUCAGGAGAGUUUUUAUUGGGAAUCCCGGAGAUUAUGUUGAUGCAAGACAGUUUGAAAUGCUUCUCGAGCAGUUUGCCGAGGAUAACAAUUCCAGAAGAGGAGCUCCACCUGCAGCGGCAUCUUUCAUUGAAAAUCUUUCAUCUGUGGUCAUCUCCAAAAGCUAUGAGAUAAACGGUGGUGUAACCUGUCCAGUCUGCAAAGAUGACAUGCCUGUCACAACUGUUGCCAAACAGCUACCAUGCAUGCAUCUAUACCAUUCAUCUUGCAUCUUGCCAUGGCUUAGUUCUAGGAAUACAUGCCCAGUUUGUCGUUACGAGCUUCCUACAGAUGACCCGGAAUAUGAGAGGUCCAAGCAUGCCACAGUCAAUGAGGGAGGUAUCCAUGGGGUGGAGCGUACCCAUCUGCAGGAAGUUGUUGAAGAAACUUAUGAGCCUGAGGUUGAUGGAGGUUCUAAUACAGGUGGCGAUACAAUGGAAGAGACUAAUACACGUGAACAUGCUGUUCCUACUGCACGGCAGCCAAAUGGAGCACAUGGGCGUCAUAGAUGGCUGUUUAUUGCAGCAGCUCCAGUUAUCCCAGACUACCACUACGACACAUGUAGACACAAGAAGAAGUUGGUGGUCUAUGUUCUAAAUAUUCAGUGCAUACCUGCUGAUACCAAAUGUCUGUGUGAUGGUGGCAUGUUUCUGAAACUACGUGCUGGAAGUGAUCUAAACAAUGAGAGAACGUCAGUAGACUCAUUUGUUCCUCUCAUACUUCCCCCUCUAAUGGAGAAACUACUUGAGAUAGUUCUAGUUGUUUCGACCAUACUUCUUGGCUUAGCUCUAGUUUACUUAUAUGAAGUCCUAUGGCUGAGGCUGGAGAAGAUAAGGAAAAAGUUGAGGAGGCAAGGCAUAAACGGUCCUAAACCUACUUUUCUCUAUGGCAACACCCAGGAGAUGAAGAGAAUCCGACAAGAACUCAAGUGUGUGCAGAGGCAAGACAAAGACAUGAACGGCUACAUAUCCACCAUCUUCCCUCAUUUCCUUCUCUGGAGGAAGACAUAUGGGCCCGUGUUCCUUUACUCAACAGGAGUUUUGGAGAUAUUGCAUGUUGCUCAGCCAGAAAUGGUAAAAGACAUGGGCCACUGGACUCCAUCAGAGCUAGGGAAGCCACAGCAUAUAAUGAAAUCACGAAAACCUCUCUUCGGAUUAGGUAUAUUGAUAGCGAAUGGCGACCUUUGGGCCUAUGAGAAGAAGAUCCUGGCACCACAAUUCUUUGCAGAAAAAAUUAAGGGUAUGAUAGGGCUGAUUGUGGAUGCAACCAUUCCGCUGUUACAAUCAUGGGAGAAUAUGCUUAAUAGCACAGGAGGUAGUCAGGAGAUCUAUGUUGAUGGAUACCUGAGGAACUUUUCGGCGGAUGUGAUUGCUAGAGCUUGUUUUGGGAGCAAUUUCAUAGAAGGAAAAGACAUAUUUUGCAAGCUCAGGCAGCUCCAGAAGUUAAUUUCUCAACAGGAUACAUUUGUCGGGCUGUCUGCACUGUGGAAAUACUUGCCUACCAAGAGAAACUGGGAGAUACAAAAGCUGGAUCAAGAAGUCCGGUUACUAAUCCUGGAUCUCUCAAGGGAACACAGCAGCAAAAGCCGCAGCAAUGCUGUCACGCACAUGUCCACAUAUGACAACCUUCUGCAUGCCAUUGUUGAUGGUGCAAACCAGUGCCCAAGCUAUUCCAGUGCCCCUGAAGAUUUCAUCGUCGACAACUGCAAGAACAUCUACUUUGCUGGGCAUGAAACUACAGCGGUCACUGCCACUUGGUGCCUGAUGCUACUUGCUGCACACCCGGACUGGCAGGAACGUGCACGGGCUGAGGCUCUAGAAGUGUGCUGUGGACAGACAGUGCUGGACAUUGACGUCCUUCGUCAGCUGAAAAUACUUACAAUGGUGAUACAAGAGACUCUCCGGCUGUACCCUCCGGCGUCACUAAUCAUGCGUGAAGCCCUGACAGACAUCAGGCUUGGUGGAGUUGACGUCCCUCGUGGCACCAUUAUCCAAGUAGCCAUUUCAAUGCUGCACCUUGACCUUGAAGCCUGGGGUCCAGAUGCUAACGAAUUUCAUCCAGACCGGUUCGCGAAUGGAGCUGCUGCGGCGUGCAAGCCGGCCCACAUGUACAUGCCGUUCGGAUACGGACCAAGACUCUGCACCGGGCAAAACCUGGCAAUGGCAGAGCUGAAGGUUCUUCUUGCACGCUUGCUGAGUAAGUUCUCGUUCUCAUUGUCACCUGGGUACCAACACUCUCCGGUGUUUCGGUUGACCAUUGAGCCAGAGUUUGGCAUGCCCCUUGUGGUGACAAGGCUGCCAUGA